UCUAAAUCUGAGAAGGAUUUGUGUUGUGAAACAACCUCAGAGUCUCAUAGAUACGGGAUAUAUAACAUUGAUACAACGGGAUGUAGAUGACAGCAACAAGAGGAUCGAGAGGUAUAGCAUCAAGAAUUAAACGAGAUCAUGUAUAUUAAAUUUGAUAACCUUCAAUCCAUGUACAGAACUGGUGGCAGUUGGCAGUAAGUAUGAGUAAUGCGUGGAGGAUGCACUACAGCUUUUUGGACAGCUCGUGAGUCACGACCGGAUUUCGGGGUGCGUAAAAAUGAAACCAGCAUCAGUCCGAAGGAUUCCUUCUAACAUACACUGUAUACUGCCAACACAACAAAAAAAUAACAAUAUGCCAUUCUCCCUCGAAAAAGUUAUCCGUCCCAACAUUUUGGCCCUGACACCAUACCGAUGCGCUCGUGACGAUUACAAUGCAGGCAUUCUUCUGGAUGCCAACGAAAAUGCCUAUGGCCCUUCUCUUGUCAAAGACCUUGAAGGCGACCUCAACCGAUACCCCGAUCCUUACCAUGUCCGUGUCAAGGAACGACUUGUCAAGUUUCGCCAACUCCAAUCUACCAAUAACUUGUUUUUGGGUGUCGGCUCCGACGAAGUGAUCGAUCUCCUUAUCCGAAUUUGUUGCGUACCCGGCAAGGACAAGAUCCUGAUCACUCCUCCUACAUAUGGCAUGUACUCCGUCUGCGCUCAAAUUAACGACGUUCAAGUAGUCAAGAGCAACCUCAAUGUCGAAAAUGGUGUUUUCCAAUUGCGCACAGACGAUAUUGCCGCAUGUGUUAAAGCCAACCCAGACAUCAAGAUCAUCUUUUUGUGCUCGCCCGGUAACCCUACUGGCACUUGCUUGAAACACGAUAGCAUCCGUGAGGUGCUCGAAUCUGGCUACGAGGGUAUCGUUGUUGUGGAUGAGGCCUACGUCGACUUCGUCGCUGGCGAGAACGGAUCUGUUGGUACCUGGGUCGACAAGUAUCCCAACCUUGUUGUUAUGCAGACACUUAGCAAGAGCUUUGGUUUGGCUGGUAUUAGAUUGGGUAUUGCUAUUGCAAACCCAGAUCUCAUCCAGAUUUUGAACAACACCAAAGCACCUUAUAACAUCGGUACUCCCAGUGCCCAAAUCGCCUAUGACGCAUUAUCGCCUGAAGGUCUCGCUAAAAUGGAAGAAUACAAGUCGAGAUUGCUGGCACAACGCAACGUCUUGUUGGAAAAAUUACAAAACUUUCCUGUCGCUGGCGUUGGCAAAAUCCUUGGCACAAAUGAUUCCAACUUUAUCAUGGUUCAGAUCCUCAACGGUCAAAGCGAGCCCUGCAACGUUCGUGCUGAUAAGGUAUACAAGUUGUUGGCUGAAACACGGGACGUCGUUGUUCGCUUCAGAGGCAAGGAAUAUGGCUGCACUGGCUGUUUGCGUAUUACCGUUGGUACUGAGCAGGAGAACGAGACAUUGCUUGCUAAAUUGGAGGAGGUCUUGAAGGAGUCUGCUUAAAGAGCUUGCUGUACAGUUUUUACGUUUUUCUUUAUCUCUGUUGAACGUUAGAGGCCUAGAAGCAUAAAAAGUCCAAGGAUUUAUUCGUGAUGAUAAAAAAGCUGUCAUUAUGCAGUCUUCAUAUGUAUAUCAAAGC